ACUCUCUAUGGAGAGCUUCGUUCUGCUCUUUGCUGUUACAGGAGUGCAUUCCCAUAUAUCAACUUGAGCAGCGGCUGUUUCAAAAGAAUGUCAUUUUGAAAAUGUAAACAUUCAUAAACAUAUCUUCCUUUUGAAACACAAGCUGAGCCUGAGGAUAAGAUGGCUCAUAAAGAUAUUUCAAGCCUAAUAAGUGAACUGGAUACCGACGUCACUGGGGAAAUAAGCACAUCUUUAGCGACGGAUAUUUCAUUUUCUGCGGGAGAUGAAACUGACGAGAAUCGUCAGCGGAAGUCGAGGCAUUCUGACCGGAGACAAUCCGGGAAGAUCACCCGUCAGCUGAUCGAAAGGAAGCAGCUGCUACACGACUUGCAACUGGUGAAAAUUGAAUUGUCCCAGAAGAAUUUGAUUAUCGACAACUUGAAAGCUGAACAAUUAGCGAGAGUUGAAGAACUUGAAGAAAAAUUAGGCGAUGCCUCUCACACCAAGCAGAUUUUGCAGGCCAGACUUGAAGCACAACUGAAUGUAAACAAAGAAGAGGCCCGCCAUUUACAGCAGAAACUCCAAGCUGACUUGCACACAAUCACAGAAAAACAGCGCCAUCUGGAGGCCACAAAUGCAGAGUUACAACGACGAGCUGGUGAUGUCCGGAGGGCAUUGCAUAACUUAGAUCUGACGGAUGACCAGUACGGUUCAUUGAAGAGAGCAAGAGAGGAAGAACUCACUCUAAGGGAUGUCAUAGCGGUGAAAUUCUAUGAAGAGAAACAUCCUCUGCAGUUGAAGCUGACUGAUCUUGAAGGCUGGAAGGACACCUUAGAAACAGAGCUGAAGAGGAGUAGAGAGGAACAGUUUAGAUUGCAUGAGGCACUGGAGAAAGAACAACGGCUGAAAAGUGACGCGGAAGGGAAAUGUCAGAGGUUGACCCUUGACCUUGCCAAUUUGAAGUCAACACACAAUCAGAAUGACUACAAGCGAGAGAACUACGAUAGAGUCAAGAGUGAGAGGGAUAAUUAUGAACAGCAGCUUGAUGAUCUGGAGAAGCAACAUACGUAUCUCAAUGUCACCUUCAAAGCAGUGGCCGAAGAAAGGGAUCAACUUGUCAAAGAGCUCGCCGAUAAGAAACAAGAGCUGCUUCUCCUUGACCAAGACAAGGGGUACUUCUCAAAGCAGUUCAGCGAUGUCAGCAACAAACUUGCCCAUGCUGAAGAACGUCUGUUGUCUGCCCAGGCUGACGUGGACCAUGCCAAGCGAUCCAGGGAAGAACUCUACGAGAAGUACAUUGAAUCCAGGGAUCAGUGUAAGGUGGAGUAUGAGACUCGACUAAGAGAAGAGCUGGAGUCAAUCCGACUAAGGACAGAAACUGAGAUUGAUAAACUGAAGAGUACCAUGAGGGAUACCUUUGAAAGAGAGAACAGGAGUUUGCGGGAUGCGAGAGACAAUGCAGUGUUGGAGAAAGACAGAGCUUUAGCAUCGGACCAGGAAGGAAAGACUAAAUAUGAGGAGCUCUUUGCAAAGUACCGAGAGCUGCAGUCCACCUCUGAUGCCAGAACCAUGGAGUUGAGCAGUGAAGCCAAGCUGAAGACCUUUGAAGCGGAAAGAUCCAAUAUGAUUCAGGAGGAGACUCAACGGAACCUCAAACAGGCCCAGGUGGACUGCGACAAACUCCAAAAGAAAUUAGAGGUUUUGACGAAAGAAUAUUACACCAUGCAGUCUUCGGGGGAGAGAAGGGCUACUGAAUUAGAAGCACAGUUAUCUGAAUUGAAAUCAAAGCUAGAGACGUAUGAGAAACUAGAGAAAGAACUUGAUGAUGUAGUAAUGCAGGCUGCCGAAUAUGACCAAUCUGAUGAGGCUGAGAAGGUUCUGUUUUCAUAUGGCUAUGGAGCAAAUGUGCCCUCUACAGCAAAAAGGAGAUUACAGCACAGUGUUCAUCUGGCGAGGAGAGUUCUUAGCUUAGAAAGGAUUAAUACAUCACUGAAGAAGGAUAUUGAGAGAAGAGAGACAAAGAUACAACAACUAGGAGAGGAGCUCUCCAAGGCUACCGGUCUAUUGGAUCAAGCCCAGCAGCCCUAUAAUUAUUUGAUUGAUAGUAUCAGGUCUAAAGACCAACAGAUCAGCAAACACAAAGACCACAUCACAAGUGCCUCCGAAGAUAUCAGGAAACUGAAAGAAGAACGAGACACUUUGAUGAGGGAUAAGAAUCAACUGGCUGCCGAUCUUGAGAGGCUUCUUAACCAGAAAGAGCAAAUGGCUCUGAUGAAACAAGUUGUUAUGAAGCUCAGCCAGCGCGGCAACAAGGAAACACUGCAUUACCAUGGCAACAAGGAAUCCCUGCAUCACCAUGGCAACAAGGAGUCCCAUCACAGUCCAGUCCUUCAUGAGAGAUUGAGUCGUGACCAGCAUCCCGUGUCCAAGAAGAUGACCGUUGGUCUGGAUGCGGGUGACCUGCCACGACCUACUGUCUUUACGAAGAGCCAAGACUCACAGUGGUAUGAUAAGCUGAAAGAACGCAACACCAACAGAGGAACUCGUAAAAAUACGUGGAAAGAAGGAACGUGACAGAGAAGUAUGAUCAGAAGCUAUCAGAAAGAUUUCAUGGAAAAUUUUGUUGGUGGUUGUCUGAACAUCAUGUCAAUGAAUACGACAUUCCAAAACUGAUUUCAAGAAAAUCAAGUCUGAACUUUACCUUUUAUUCCACUGUGGAAAGCUAUAUUAGGAAUUCAUUUCUUGAAAUGUACAUGACAGGAAUAACCAAGAUCUAUUUUUAAAAGUUGUAUCUUUAUCUUUACUCAAAAUCAAGGAUUUAGGAGAUAUAGCAACAGAUACAUAUAGCAAUGUACAUGCUUGAAAUUUUGGUUUGAGUGACUUAGAUUUCCUCUGUACAAAAUGCCAUAGGGAAUGAAUGAUGACGAAAUGAUGGUAUUGUUACUGAUAAUGCACAGGAUUCUAAUGGCUCCAUAUUUGCUUAAAGCCUGUAUGAAGCUUUGGUUAAUGUGCAAUAAUGUG